AUGCCCAAGACCCAGAGAAACUGCCCAAGACCAAGAGAAAAUACCCAACACCCAGAGAAACUAUCCAAAACCCAGAGAAACUGCCCAAGGCCCAGAGAAACUAGCGACCCAGAGAAACUGCCCAAUACACAGAGAAAAUGCCCAAGACCUAGAGAAACUAUCCAAGACCCAGAGAAAGUGCCCAAGACCCAGAGAAACUACCCAAGACCUAGAGAAACUAUCCAAGACCCAGAGAAACUACCCAGAGAAACUGCCAAAGACCCAGAGAAAUUACCAAAGACCCAGAGAAAGUACCCAAGAUCCAGAGACACUACCCAAGACCCAGAGAAACUGCCCAAGAUCCAUAGAAAAUGCCCAAGACCCAGAGAAACUACCCAAGACCCAGAGAAACUAUCCAAGACCCAGCGAAACUGCCCAAGACCCAGAGAAACUACCCAGAGAAACUGCCCAAGACCCAGAAAAACUACCCAAGAUGCAGAGAAACUGCCCAAGACCCAGAGAAACUGCCCAAGACACAGAGAAAAUGCCCAAGACCCAGAGAAACUACCCAAGAUCCAGAGAAACUGCCCAAGACCCAGAGAAACUAUCCAAGCCUCAGAGAAACUGCCCAAGACCCAGAGAAACUACCCAGAGAAACUGCCCAAGAUCCAGAGACACUGCCCAAGACCCAGAGAAACUAUCCAAGACCCAGAGAAAGUACCCAAGAUCCAGAGAAAACCCAGAGAAAAUGCCCAAGACUCAGAGAAAAUGCCCAAGACUCAGAGAAACUGCCCAAGACCCAGAGAAACUGCCCAAGACCCUGAGAAAGUACCCAAGAUCCAGAGAAAACCCAGAGAAACUAUCCAAAACCCAGAGAAACUGCCCCAAGACCCAGAGAAACUAUCCAAGACCCAGAGAAACUGCCGAAGACCCGGAGAAUCAAACACUUUUGCUAAUUUCAGGAGGCAUACAAGUUCCAAAGGAACAGUGAGGUUUUCCGGCUCCUCGGCAAAUUGCAUUGACCCAGACAAUGCCUCAUUCAACUUUUAUUAA